AUGGACUUUGAAGCACUUUCUGCAGCAGAGUGUGCAGUUCAUCCGCAAUAUGCAGCGCCCCAUGGCGUUACUCUCCCACCCGAUCCCCAACGCCGUAGUCUUCAUAGUGAAGCCGAGACAACGAAUGCGAUGAAUGUCACAUUAGCUCCAGCUUUGUCCGCGGACGACCUCAUUGACUUUGCGAGCUGGUUCAGUGUCCCUGCUGAUAAUAAUUUCUGGCCGGAGCUCACAUGCUACGAACAGGACUUAUCCGUGUUAGACAUUGUUGGGUCAUCGGUCACGGAAGGGUCGUUGCAGAAGCCUUGGGAUGUACAACUGCGCAGUUCCUUUCUACCACAAUUUAACAUUGCUGAACUUUACAGACGAAAUCAGGACCCAGAAAUUGACAAAGAUGCCGUCGAACCGAGACAUUACGACCCAGCCAGCGCGGAAGUUGAGGCCCCGCUGGUCUUCCCGGACAUGACUGUCAUUCCUCAUGAGGAUAUCGAGGCAGAGAACCUCGCUCAUGUUGAAGAGGUCCCAGCUGAGCUGACAAAUACUGUAUUUGAUCUUGCCAAUGAUAUGCAACUUAAGUCAAACUACCCCCAAUUCAUCGAAUUACGGAUUCCGCCAGCACCUGUGCUGAAUGCUUGGGUUCAGCUAUACUUUGAACAUUUCCAUCCAAUGUUUCCUGUUCUGCAUAAGCCCACCUUCUCUACUUCUAGAGCGAAUCCCUUUCUAGUCCUCGCAGUUGCCGCUCUCGGUGCUCACUUUUCAGACAUAAACGGCGCGCAGCUGUGCCUUCGAGCGAUGCAUGAGCUGACACGGCGCUAUACAUCCUAUACGUGUGAAAAGUUGAAUCUGAAGAGUCGGGAACUGUGGAUGACACAAACGAUACUUCUGAAUCAAUUAGGUCUGAUGUAUUCUGGUGACCGGAGAGCUUUGGAACUGGCCGAGAUCUUCCAAGCUGUCCCAGUCACUUUAGCUCGGCGAAAGCGCCUCUUUACGAAUACACUCCCGCAGGAAAGGUUAGGUCGACUAGAGCUUCCUCUGGGAGAGAAAUGGCAAAUCUCAAUCCUUGACGAGCAGCGUCGGCGUGCAGGAUUCGCUAUCUGGCUCAUUGAUGCAGCGUAUGACUAUAGCUUUGACCUAUGCACUACUAUGAGGGCAGACGAACUGCAAAACUGCUUCCCUCAACCAGAAGAUCGCUGGGAUGCUUCCAAUGCUCAGGUCUGGGCGACCUUUGGAGAAGAGAGUGGCCCUGUUAAAAACAUAACCCUGGGCCAGGUGAUCAAAGACAAGACGUGGCGAUAUGUUUGGUCGAAAACUGGAACCCUGGGAAAGCAGACGAUCUUGCAAUAUUUGGCAAAUGUUGUCAAUGACAAAGAUUAUAUGUCGCCUGCGUCGCCUAGUUUCUCACCUGAGCAAAGGCAUGCUGCUCUAGAAGCCCUAGAGACCCUGCUCGAAGAAACAGGAGACCAAGGUUACGGGCAUUCAUUGUCUGAAGUGAAGGCGUCUGCUGCCCAUCGUGUUAUGAUCCUUUCGACACUGUCACUUUAUCACACACCAACAUCGCAUAUCGUACCUCUAGCCAUCAAAGUGAUUUACGGGAAGAUGAACGAUGACUCUUGGAUGCUGACCAUCGACCGAUGGCGCAGCUCGUCAUGCCAAGGGCGGAUGGGUGCCCUAUAUGCCGCUCAUGUCUUUGAGACAGUCAGGUCAGCCCGUUGUAUCCAUUUCAUGACCCCUGUGCUUCUCCUGAGAGCAGUUCUUGUGUUGUGGCUGUACUCAACAAUUCAUGGCCAGCUACGACGGGGUCGCGAAUACCAACUGGAGAUACCUUCAGUUGUACUAGAUCUCAAAAGUCUCGAUACACCAGCUACUAAGCAGUGGAUCGCGAAUGGGUCUGGGUGUAUCAAACUUCCGGGGAUUAGCAACCUUCUGAGUCGGCAGGGCCGACGCAAAACACUCGAAGACGCCGUCGUGGUCAUGCGUUCCCUGAAAGCGUGGGGCAUCAGUAGUAUGUAUGCACAGUUACUGGAACGGCUACGACUAGUCGAAGACAUACACCCGGCAGAUCUUGAAACAAUAUAG